GCUCCGCGCGCCGCGCUGUACCUAUAUAUUGCGUGGCCGCCUGGAAUCCCGCGCUCUUUUGAGAGAGCUCCCCGGCCGUGCUGUAUAUGCUGGCGGUUGUUAUCCUUGUGAAGCUGUGGAUUGCAAAGUUCGCCCCCCGUUGUAUACACAACUGAUUGCGGGGAAGAGCCUUGUGGUUUUGGUAAGUGUGUCAAUUUUUUCCUGGGUAUAUACUUCGCAGAGGUGUGUGUGUUUGAGUUACGUGCAAGGGUGUGUUAGUGUUGUUCCCAACAGUUCUGCCUAGGACGUUAAAGAAAAGCGCACCUUUGGCACACGCGCGUGACGUUAUAUCCUGUCUCUUCUCAUGUGCAUGGUCCAAAGGUCAAUUUGCAGAAGAGAGUCCGUGGUUCAAAGUUUAAAUUGCACACAGAAGACGUAUAAUUAGGAUAAGGGAUUUGUGCUUGUGUCCUCUUAGGUGUUACACAGACAUCCUGUGACUCUGUGCUGAUAUUUUGGGCCAAGCUACUCAUUUUAUUUGAACUGUUUCAGUACAAUACAAGACACUUCUGGGUUUGGCCACUGGUGCUCCUGGUUGUUGUUUUGAGGUUGUGCUGCACCUUGUGGCUCUGGUGCCUACCUCUACUGGCUUACUUUAUUUGGUGACGUCCUCCUGAUAUACACCCAGGCUCCUGCGUCAUUUCAGAUAAGUUUUUUUACUAUUAGAGAAUGCCUUACCGCUCAGAAAGGAAAAGAAGAGCAUAUUUUAAGAACCGAGACAAUGCAGUUAAAGCUGAUUGUAACAGAAGGUAUUAUGUGCAGAAUUCAGAGUAUUUAAAGGAUAAAGGUAGAUUGGUUUAUCACUCUGACCCUGAUAGGAAAAAGGCAUUGUCUAGGGCUUCAUAUUAUGUACAUUGUAAUAAGAAGAAGGCAGCUGUUAGUGCCUUACGUGUUUCUGAUCCCAAAAAGAGAAAUGCAACUGAUAGAGCCCAUUACAAAUUGCAGCCUGGGAAGAAAAAGGCACUAGCUAGGGCAUUGUAUAAGUUGCACAAAGUGAAGAAGAAUGCUUGUGAUAGGGCAUCCUAUAAAUGUAAUGUGGAGAAGCGAAAGGCUGCUGCAAAGGCCCACUAUGAUGUAAACCCUACACGAAAGCGUGCAGCAAGCAAGGCAGUUUACCAAGCCCACCCUGCAAAAAUGAAGGCAUCGUUUCUG